UGGGGCUUGAAUCGCGAUGGCGGUGUCCGUUCUGGUCCUAUUCCUGAGCACAUUCACUUCGCAGCUUAUGAGCCUGGGAGGCUCCAAUGGUCUGAGAUGCCGCUCAGGGAUGAUGAUUUUGCUGGUGCUCAAGCCGCUCCGGGGUCAACUAGGGGGUCACAGAAAGCGCGAUCGUUCCGUGGUGUCUCCCGUCACUGAUCAACGUAAUCGCAGGAUCUUGAACUUGGCUGAGUUGACCCGAGUAAAGGAUUCUAAACUAGCUUCAAAUCAAUCUACUCCUCCUCCCAAGCAUCAGUCAUACAGCUCUCACAAAGACUUAGUUCCUUCCAAGCCUCCUAAGGAUUCGAAUCCCUCUCUUCCUACUCCUCCAGUCUUUGAAGUGGAGGACUCCCCUGACAAGCUUCACAAGGAUAAGAAGGAGGAAGAGAAAAGCAAGAAGAAGAUGUACGAGUAG